AUCGAAGUGUCUUCCUGCCACACCGGUAAUUCUGAUACAUGCGUUCGCCUGUACUGUGAUGGGUAGCUGCAUAGCGUUUUAUUUGGUUAGUGAUGCCGAAUGGUGAAUGUGUUUCGUGCUUCUGUGUUCUGUAAAUCGGCCGUCCUGGAAUCGUAGUUUCUAUACGUUCAAUAGAAUCCGAAUCUAAACACAGUACAACGAUUUUUUCUGGAAGGAUUUAGUGAAUGAUAGGCGAGAUGAACGAUCUCGCUGUUCUCUCGCUUGUGCAGAAAUGGGAAGAUGCAGAUGACCCACUUGCACCUGUGACCAUCCGACAACGGGACGUUAUAUUGGAGUUAUCGAGUUGUUCAAAUGAUCGACCUCUACCGUUUCAGAAAGGAGCUAUGAACAUUGACGAUGAAAGCUCAUUUGAUAAUCCCCAAAGCCCGUUUUCAGUCACCGACGAUGACGAUGUCGACGAUUUCACGUUGCAUUCUACAAAUCGGCGGCAUGACAGCUUCCUCGCAUUGGAGACUGGAAGAGUCGUAAUUGAUUCUGCUCAAGAUUUUUUCCAGUGGUUUUCGAAAGUUGAAGAAGAUAUGGAGUUUGAUCAACUUGCUGCUCAUCAUAAAUUUCUACUAUCACUAAAGCAAGCAAAUGCCCACUGCAACAACCUUUUAAAUGAAACAACUUUGGUUCUCUCCGUAUUGAGUAGACUAAAUUCUGCGCAUGAAGCUGUUCUGGAUAAAACAAAAUCGUUACACGAUGCUUGUGAAAAUCUUCUUCAAGAACAAGAAAUCUUGAGCAAAACUGCUGAGUCCCUGGAUUCACACUUGAGUUAUUUCGAAAUUUUGGAUGAACUAAGUGAGAAGUUGAGUGCUGCUUCUCUUUCGGUGCAUUCUGACGGCUUCAUUCCAACGCUUGUCAAGCUGGACGAGUGCAUAUCUUAUAUGAAGGAUCAUGUUGCAUUUAAGGAUGCUCCCAUUUAUGCUGUUCGACUGCAGGCUUGCAUGCAGCGUGGCUUGAGCAUUAUCCAAGCGUAUGUGUUCGAGUCCUUGACAGAUGCUUUUAAUCAAGUUCAGCCCAAUAUUUCGAGUCAGAGUGGAAAAGUUGACGCGGGAUCUGGCUACAGCAUUCUUUCGCUGGUUGGUGCUGGAAGCGGAAAUGUCUCAGCACCAACGCUUUCAUUGGAUCAGGCAUAUCCCUUCCUUUACGCCCGAUUUCGAGUUAAUGCGCCGAAGAUCAAGUCAAUGGUUGCAGAAAUCGAAUCGCGGCUGGAUGAUCGGAGCUAUGCGGUGUCAAUAUACCAAGAUAUUCAAUCUCAUUACUUCGGCCUGCGAAAGCGUCUUCUCUUUCCGAUCAUUUCUGCACUCAUAAAUGAGUUAAAAGAGAAACAUUUCCAGAACAAGUGUGCGAUGGUGCGAAGUGGCUGUAGAUUGUUGCUGAAUGUCUGCCAGGACGAAAUCGAUUUGUUCGCCUGCUACUUUUCUGGAAAAGAAACUGGACAGCUCGACGCUUUCCUGGAUGAACUAUGUAGCCUGCUGUAUGACGUCUUCCGGCCGAUUUUCGUCCAUGUGAAUCAUUUAGAGACUUUAACAGAUCUUUGCAUCAUUAUGAGGGUCGACAUUUUGGAAGACGGUGAAAGCAAGCUUGCCAGAAACAUAGAUGCAUUUGUCCGAAUGAUGACCCAACUCAUCGAAGACGUUCAAGAGCGGUUGAUUUAUCGGACGCACAUGUAUAUCAAGUCGGAUAUAUUGGGCUACGUUCCUGCCGGAGGGGAUCUGGCGUAUCCCGACAAACUCAUAAUGAUAGAGAGUAUUGCCGAAAGUUUGCAUGAAGCCGACUCCGAAAUGGGGCAAAGUUCAUCUAGGGCUCCUUCUGUCGCAUCGACGGGGACCGCCCAGAGCCAGUUUAUUCGAUCCCACACUGGUGCUUCCGCUGCUGAUUUCCUCGGGAUGUGGUACCCAACUGUUCGCCGAACGCUUGUUUGUCUUUCGAAACUUUAUCGAUCUCUGGACAAGGGCAGUUUUCAAGGUCUAAGCCAAGAAGCGCUUUCUGCUUGCAUCGAAAGCUUAGUCAACGCUUCAGAAUCCAUUGCCAGUAAACAAACAAAUGCGUUUGUCGACGCGCAGCUCUUCAUUAUCAAACAUUUGCUCAUUCUUCGGGAACAGAUAGCCCCAUUCCAAGUGGAUUUUGUAGUGAAAGAGAUGAUGCUUGAUUUCUCGAAAAUGAGGGAAGCUGCGAUGGACCUGUUUCAAAGUCGGCGUGUUUUGAGCUUAAGAGGUCCAAGCGCAAUUUUGGAAUUUAUACUGGAAGGAACGCCGGACAUUCGCGAAUCUGUUGUGGAUUCAAAAAGGGAUGUUGAUUUGCAACUUAAACGAAGUUGUCACGCACUUAUCUCGCAUUGCACGACGAAGAUCGUAUCAUCUGUGGCGAAUUUGCUUGGGAGAAUAGAAAAUUUUAUACAUAGCCGGCACCCUGGGAACAGGUCACAUUUUAUUGAAGUAAUGGACAUCGACGAUCGCGAAGCGUUGAGAAAGGAGUCUUUCAUGGAACCAGAAAAUAUAACUCAGUCUCUUGCGGAAGCCAAGCGGAAUAUUAAGGUCAAUAUUCCAGUUAUUCUUCGGAGUUUGCACCUGUAUUUGGCAAAUCGUGAUACGGAGAUGAUACUCUUCCGUCCAAUUAAGAUGCGAGUUUUGAAUGCCUUUGAAGGCAUCGAGAAGUUGAUGGUGCGGUUAUUUGUGGAAGAGGAAUUGAAAGUGAUCAAUUGCCCUUCUCAAGAGCAAUUGAAUAUUUUGUUGUCUAAUCUGGACUUCGAAAACACCUAUGUGACGAUGAGUCGUCGAGGAUCCAGGAUGAGUUGCAUUGACGCUACAAAGUGUGUCGAAGACGACGAUGGCGGAUUGCCAGUAGUUGAACUGGACCCAGGUGCGUCAUCAUUUUCAGUUUUUGCGAAUGUUCGGAAAAAGAUUUUGGAGUCUCAAAUCCGGAAAGCUGCUCAGCUGUAUUUUGCUUUCAACUCGUGGCGUAGCUGCGAUAAUCCUCCGGAAAUAUUCAGCGAUGCGUCUAGUUCGGUGACUUUACCGAAGGUGGUCGGUAUUGGGUUAACCCAAGUGUUCCUGUUGAUCAAGAAUAGUAGGCAUAUUUACCCUUCUCUUUGCUUGCAGUCCCUCGAAGCUUUGUUGAAAAUGCUUGAGGGCCUGCCUCCCCAAGGUCUUUCUGAGGAACCUGCAAAUCUAUUGAAUGAUCUUUUCCGGAUUCUAAGAGAUUUAGCUGCUAGUGACGCAAGUGUAGAUCAAAGCCCAAGUGCGGACACAGAACUAGACGACGGAUCUGGCUGGAAACAAAGCUCCCCGCCGCAGAAAACUCUGCAAUCUUUGGCGUGUGCUUGCAUGCUGAGCCUUGUUGUUGCUGUGGGAAAUCCCGGAAAAUUGUUUUUAGCCGUCGGAGAUAUUUUAAUGUCCGUCAGAGUGCAAUCACUGCAAGAUAUAUUCUUACCCCGCAAUUUAAUCGAAUUGCAACGAACUACGUGUGGAACCCUAAUGGGAAACGAAAUCCUGCCUUCUUGGAUAUCUGUUGGAGUUCAGAAAUCGGGACUGUGCAAUUCUUUUCACGUGGGAAGAUUUAUAGAUGAAAGUGACGUAGAAGACAGCAAUACAAGCGGCGACGUCGGGAGGGAUAUUCCAUGCUGUAUAGUUAGCAAUGGGGCUUUCAUGUAUAUUUUUCAUGCGGAAGAGGGUUUGCUGAAGGUCGGCACUGGUUAUCAAGGUACAAUACGUGGGCACAUCUACAUGUGCAAGCCACCGCCAUUUUACUUCGAAGGAGAUCCCUGGAUGGGAUUCGCUUGCGGUUAUCUAUGUCUUAGACAUGGUGGUCGCGGCCAAAACAGGAUCAGCCUCUUCCAUCCAGAAACACUGAAGUUCGAAGGAGAAAUUGAGCUUCCCUUGAGUCUACUUAGCAGGCAAAGCAAACCUUCACAGUUGUCUGAAUCAAGAUGUUCGGACGAUGGUUCUUGUGUUCUGUUCUCGGAUGGGAAAACACUGGGGCUUUUUUUGGGUUCUGAUGAAGAGGUAUGCUACAAGAACAGCAUUACAGUUCGAUCGCUUGAUCGUGGAUCACUUCAAAAAGCGUGUCUAAAGGCAACGUCGGAAUCGAAGGAAGUUUUUACCGCCACUGACAUUCGAUUUGAGGAUCUAAACCUGCGAUUGGUUCGCAAAUGCUUGGACGUCUUCGGACAUCAGAUGAAUUCUGCGAGUGAUGAAGUCCGCAGUCCGAUGCAUGCUGUGAAUUUUGUUCCGUUUCCUUCUGCCGCGGAGGAUAAUCACGAUGACGAGCUGAUCUCUGUGGCCAAUGGCAAGGACUUCACGCUACUUUGCACCCGAGGAGGAAGAGUUCUCUACGCUGGUCGUUCGCAAAGCUUGGGUUUGAAACCAUGUGGCCACGUUGCUAAUGAUCUCAAUGCAAUCGGACCUACUGGUUUUAAUCAAUGGAAUGAACUCCCCCUGUCGUGGGGAGAAGCCAAACCUGCGCGAAUUGUAGACAUUGCUGUUGGGCAUGAAGCUGAACAUGGACUUUUACUAACGGACGACGGUCGGGUCUUCUUUGUUGGGACAUCCAAACGUGGUGAAGAUGGAGAACCAAGGCUUGUGACCGAUUUGAAACACGUGAAAAUUGUUGAAGUAGCGAUGGGUAAAGCGCACGUCGUUGCAAUCGGAUCAGAUGGUGCCUUGUAUACAUUCGGAAUGAAUAAUCGGGGUCAAUGCGGUCGACAGCAGGCAGCAUCAGCUACUGAUGAUUCGAGCGAAGCAGCAAAUGAUUUCAGUGUCGAAAAGCGAGCUUUUGUAAAUGCCUCUAAACGUAUUCGGAACAAGCGCCCGAGAGAAGAGGUAGAUGCGAAUGUAGAUGAGUUUUAUGAUCGCAAUCUGGAAAAUAACCUGGAAGACGAUGAGUGCCUGUUGGAAGCUGAGGUGGAAGAAGAUCACAUGCACAACAGGAGUGUGGCUGUGGCAUUGGCGAAUCUGGUUGUGCAAUGUGUGGAAUAUGCCGUUCUUGCCAUUAUGAUCGUGUUCUCAGUGGAUAUGAGCAGCCGGAUUUGGAUGAUGAUGCAUCAUUAUACGAAAAUGUUGCUCCAAUUAAUUGUUGACGGAUUCCUGAACGAUUUAGUUGUAUUGGUGGAGGACGGUGACGUGUUCGCUUUUGGGAACAACUCGCAUGGUGAACUUGGAAACGGAGGAAUAUCUUCAAGAAAUAUGCCGCUAAAAGUACCGUUCGGUCUGUGCUCGCGGGAAUCCACGAGUGACGCAACAAAAACUUGUUCCGCGACGAAACCGAAGAGUGCCUUUAUUGUUCAAGUUGCUGCAGGAAAGUCGUUCUCGGCUUUCCUGGAAGCGAAUGGCCAAGUUUACGUUUGUGGUCUUCCAAAGGAUUUUAUUUUUCCAAAAGAGACUGAUUGUCUUCCUGGUUAUGGGAUAAGAAUAGUUGGCGGAAUCGGAUACUUAACUACUCCGAGUAAGAUUCCCGGGAUCGGCCCAGAAUUCGGGCGUAAAGCUGUCUGGAUUGGGGCUUCCGGUGACCAGUUAUUUGUAAAAGUGGAUGAAACGCUAAUCAAUCCGAGAACGUUGCAAAACGCGAAGAUCGUUGCAAAUGCCGAUGUGAUCGCUUUACUGCUCGAUAAAGAAAAGCUGGCCACGGGAUUGACGAAAACUGGUCGACCUAUGCUUGGGGAACCCGGAACUGCUGGCUCAGAUUUCUUGGCAAUAUCUCGGGAAAAGGGUUCUUGUCACAGUGGAUUAUCUGAUGGUUCGUCAGUCGAUUUUUCAGGUUGUGCUGCCUGCUUAGACCCUCACUUCAAUAUAAUUUGGAGGUAUGAGAAGAAAUCGGGAUUGGUGGAAGGAUACAACGUCAUACUCAGCGGAAUACGAAUUGAUAACGGUAUAGAUACCGCCGAACUUCAGGGUUGGCCUGAAAACGACAACCAGCAAAAUCGAUCUGUUCCGUUGAUACUACUUCCUGAGUUUAUGAUUCCAAUGAAUGACUGCAAUGUUGAGUCCCCAACGUUUGUUUCCCGCUCCCAAGCUGCCAUGUUUCUUCUAGCUGCACUCGACACAUUGAUCAGAUCGUUUACUAACCAGAUGCCACACUGUGACUCAAAUCGCAAUCAUGCUUGGAAUUCGAAUAUGAUGCACGACUGCCUAAGCCGUAAUCAGUCUACGCUUCGAAGUCAUAGAGCUGAUUACUGGAAAAAAUUGAACAAUGUCAGCUUUGAAAAGGGAAUGCAAAAGCCUAUUCAAAAACGAUUGGGUAUUCAUCGUAAAGGGCAAAGUCAGAACUUGUCUGUUUCAAUGAAGAACGCGAGCAGAAAUGGCCUAAAUAUUGUCAGCAGGUUCCAGAAACAGGAAAGUGGCUGGGGAUACUCCGAUAAUUCAGUUGAAGCAGUACGGUUCAUGUGUGAAACGGUCAUAAGCUUCUAUGGAGUUGCUUUGUAUGGAGCUGCUGGUUGCUAUCUGGUUAAAAUGAGGCUGUACGAUAUUGGCUAUGACGAUUCCGAAUAUGAGGGGCAUAUUGUUGCGGAAACCGAAGAAAACAUGUACGAAAACGAUUGCAAACUGCACGUUUUUUUCCGAGAGCCGGUUGUCCUGAUGUCGCAGAGGUGGUACGUAGUAUGGAUAAGGAUAUCUGGCCCAACUUCACCUCACGGUGUUGGUGGUCACAGCCCGGUCAUCGGGGAUGAUGGGACGAUAUUCCAUUUCAAACAUUCUUACAAAUCGAAUAAUGGCACAGAUGUUCUCGGUGGACAAAUUCCUGAGAUCUUCUACAAGACAAAAGGAAACGAAUCGAUGGACAUCCUGAAAUCUGCCGAUGGCAGUGAUCCGAUUUAUCCUAUCUCAAGUCAAUUUUUGCUACGCUUAUCGCCUGAAUGCUUCGACGCUUUGCUGAAUAUACUCGAAUGGAGUUGGAAAACUUUCAAAGCCGGAUCGAUGGACCUUAUGAGUACUCCAGUUGAUGCUUGUUACGCUGUUCGAGAAACGUUGUCGACACGAUCACCCAGCGAUUCAGUGAUGUCUUCUCCUACCUCAACAGCGUCGGCUAGUUCAACAUCGUCGUCCAGUUAUUUUUUCGCUCGUCAAGGCGAAGCAUUUGCUCGGAUUGCUGCCGUGCAAGAUCUGCAGAGAUUAGUGCACAUCGCGUGCGCGUGCUUGCGCCUGCUUCGAGCUUAUGUGAACUACAUGUAUCCAACUGGAGUUCCAGGACGUACGUUCUUUCGACGAAUGUCGGAGACUUCGUGGGCUCCGAGCUGUGUCUUCUCGACGCGGAAAGCAAUUGAAAGUAUACUUGCUGAUCCAAUUUGUAGUACGUACUCUGCUGUUCCGCCGACAAAUGAUGGGAUAACUUCAGGGUUCUUGAGUGCAUCCAUCAUCGCCUCCAGUAAAAAGCCACAUCACACGCUAUGUGCCGCUAUCCUAGAUGAAUGCCUCGCGACCUACAGUGAAUGCUUUCAUGCAUUCUAUCCUUCUACAAAGCUGAAGUGGGAUCUUCUGUGCAAUGUCCUUGGAUUAAACAUGCCGAAGGAAGAUGCUCCGUACAUCACCGACGAGCUUGUUUGUGCUGUUUUUCGUUCAUUGUCGAUGCCGUCCGUACGUUUGGGCUACGUUUUUCCGAUUGGAACGAGUACUAUCUGUACUGCAAAUGCGGAUAUCUUGGGAAGUACAGUGCGUUCGUGGGGCGACGGGCAUCCGGAUCCUUCCCAAGCAUUGGGAGGCAUCACAGCUUCACUCGUGAAAUUCAUGGAGGAUAAGUCGCAGCUCUUCCUUUGUACCUCUGAUCGAAGUUGGGAUUUUUCAGCGGUAAUAAACCGUAUCGUAGGAAUUGUUUUGGGACCAAUCCAGCGGAUACUAGACGAAAUACGUUUGUCUGGAGGCGACGAUAGACCCAAUGAGCAUGAAGAAUCUACCCUUGUUCAUGCCGCUGCUGAGUUACUCACAACGUUUCUGGCUCAACUGACCAGCCUCAACGUGAUGAAGGAGAUGGAGCUAUCAAUUACGACAAAAGAGAUACUGUCGAUUCCCAGCAGAUUCGGACGCGUCAGUCAAGCGAAAAUGUGGAACGCCUGCAAUGGAUCACCCGACGCCAUAGGAUUUGUAGUUGAUCACCCGGGAAUUAUAAUUGCAGGUGCUAAAGUUUUUGGCUCGAAUGCUAUGCUGGAUUAUGAACUGGAACUCCUAGUUGAAAAGGAUGUCUCUUUUGAUGAAAAUGUAAAACUCAGUGAGCUUCGCUUACCGCAACGCUGGUUAUGUUUGGAAACUGUGUGUGGGACUUACCGAAAAAACGAUAUUGUGGAUGGGCUGGCGGACAUUCGGUUCCAAAAACCAGUUGCUAUCAAGGAGCGGAUGCGACAUGUCUUACGUUUGAGGCAUCACGGUGGAUAUACUCACAGUGGAGAAGCUGGAUUAUCCUGUGUUAAAGGCCCAGAUGGAACAACGUUCUCGUUCUUCUCUGUUUCAGUUUCAUUCAACGGCACUUCGUUAACGAGGGGACAGAUUCCUCAAAUUCUGUACUACAGUGAACCCAAGCAAAAUAAAUCCCAAGUGGAAUUCGUAAGUUUAAUGGAGGAAGAGUGGAAGCAAACUGCCUUGUGGGUCAGCAUGCGCAUCGUUGAUUCUGCGGCCGAACUCUUCGAGAAGUGUUUAGGCUUGCCAUCUGAUGCUUUUGCGUGUGGACGAAAAAUUUUGGCAGAAUCCAGCCUCGUUACCUCAAUUCUUCCUCUAGUGUUCGCAUUACUGUUGAGUCAGACCGUGCCGGAUGCAAAGAUAUGCCACGAGACUUUGAACGCAUUAAAAUCUUUGCUUCCAUUUGUCACUGAACUGAAUCUGGAGUUUCUGCGGGAGUGGGGAGAAAAGCAGUUGUUAGCUGGAAAGAUCUUGAAUCAGGAUUCCAGCUUGUCCGUGACGACAUCAAGCCAUUACGCAGUUGUUGAGAGCAAGCAUCCAUACGAACCGGCCACUGUUCAAUUGUACAAGGCUGUGUUUCCACCGUGCGUUCAAUGGAUAAGCUUGGAAUUCGAUUCGCAAUGUUGUCUUGGUCAACCCGAAGACUCAUUGCAGAUCUUCAUCCCCGUUGAUGCUGAAAAUGAGGAUCAGUCUGUGGAAGCGAUUCUUUCCCCGGUUACUUUGGAUGGAGAAAUCAGCGAUGAGAUUUUUGCCAGAUCUUCAAGCCAAACCUGUCCACCCGACGGUUUUAUCUCUGUUCUUCCGAAGUUCAAUGUGCAAGAUCCAGAAACUUGGCCAAGGAGCGCCAUAAUUCUGCCAGGUAACAAAGUGAUUUUCUCAUUGUCCUCCGCCACACCGUACCUUGGGAAUGACAAGCAAGCAAGCUUUUAUGGAUUCAAAUGCUUGUUGAUCGGGCAUGAAUAUCCAAUGCCAUCAUCAAAUGAUGUACCUUGUGGCGGCACAGCCGGCACGGGAGCAUUUUGGUCAGAUGGUCUGUUGGUUCUGGAAAGAGAAAUCGCCCAUUUGGCUGGUGCAUGUUGUUGCACAAUCUUGAAUAAGAAGCUUUGUUUGCCCUCAAGCAAAGAUGUCGCGCAUAUUGACCAAGAAGCAAGUUCACCGCAUAAUGAAAAAGACUCUUGCUUACCGCUUCUGUCGAGAGGUCUUGCGUUAUCGCAUCCCCCGACGGUUCGAGAUGUUUUGGAUUGCGCGCUGCCUUUGGAAGUGAAGUCCAACGAAUUCAACUUUUUAAUGGAGUUCGUGAAAUGUGCGGGGAGCUUGAACAGCUCCGGUGGUAGACUGGCUCGGUGGCUGCAGCCAGAACCGUACAUUGAACCGAGACUCUGUCAGGUGAUCUAUAGCAGGCAGAAUAUCUUUUCUGGCUGGGAAACUCAGAUAUCGAUCAUUACGAGGGACCAAUACGGACAAGUCGCGCAGUCACCUAAUCUCAAGGUUGAUGUUCAAGCUAUGCCCAUAUCCGAUGAAUAUAAGGACUUCGGAGGACGUGCGUAUCGAGAUAAGACCAACUGGUCUGAGGUUUCUGGUGCAGAAAUUCCUGAUUACUCUGUGCCGUACCAACCGACUGUUCGAGAAAAAAUCGUCUUCCAAUCCAUUACUGCUAUAAAGAAUUAUGAGAACUGGAGCUUUGAAGAACUGAGGUUCUUCAGACCGUCUGAACCUCGUCCAGUCGAAACCAUGCAAGUAAAAGAUAUGAGUGACGGAAGUCACGUUGCUACAUGGAUUCCAAGUGCUUCUUGCUGCUACGCCAUUCAAGUAUUUGUGGAUGGUUAUCUUUUAGAAGGGAACUACUCCGUCGAAGUACAAGAAGUUCCCCCGGGAGUAAACGUGUGCAACGAAAUGCCUGUUACUCUCAAACAUUCUGCGAUUGAUGCAAAAGUCGGGAUAAAAUCUCGACGUUUUGGUGUUGCACAUAGUGCUGGAUUGCGCAUCCGCAGUCAUCCGACUCUUCAAAGUGAACAAGUUGGCGUGAUAAAGAAAGGAACGAUCAUCAUGAUAGUUGAAGAGCUUCAAAAUAAGGACGGGACUUGGGUACGGUUGACGCAUGAUUCUCUGAGAGCUCAUUGUCAUCCGGAUAUUAUGGAGGGAUGGUCGCUGCAGUAUAAUCAACAUUUGGGAAAAAAUUUGUUGGUGCCUGUCGCCUCUGUUCGAGCGAGUAAUCCGGUACCGGGUGUCGGUUUUCAGUUCGACGGUAGAACAGUGAGGUGCGUCCUGAAUCAAGGUGACAAAUUGAUGCAGUUCGAGGAAGAGAACUACGAAGGUGCGAAAUGGGCAGUGGAUCCUCUAGAUCCUUGUGAGCAAUCAAUUCAGGAAACGAAGAGGUUUCAGAAAGUCAUGCAUAAGCCAGCUCUGUAUCCAAAGCCUGCGUCAAUCUCACGCUUGGCUGGAAACAGGAGUCCGAAGUCAGAACGGAAGGAUCCAUCGCCAAUUGGAUCGGUGGACACCUUGAGUCUCAAUAGCCGUAGGUGUAUAUCGAACGGGAACGGGUUUUCAUCUCCUGUCCCGACAAGGGCUCCGCCACCCACUCCGAAGCGUGGCGUCGGGGAGUUCGCGAGGUGCUCACGGAGUAGUAGUCCCGCAGGUGUUAGAAAACGUUUUCGUGAAAUGGUUGGAGAGCGACGUGGGGAUUCGACACCGAGGGACUCGUAUCUAUCAAGUGAAAAAGAUCGCGAUGGGUGUGGUGCGCAAUAUUUGGAGUUGUCCUCCUCGAUUUCUGCAUCAGCAGCAUUACAGGAAAGCCUUCCGCGCGAUGGAUCUACUGAGAGCGACACGAGUGCCAUGUUGAGUAGUUUAUCAAAGGAUGCAUCGAAAAGUGCCAGCAGUAGUUCUCUCCUUUUGCAAAGUGCGGAGGACAGCCCGCUUUCUACUCCGUCAACUCUCAUGUUGAUAGAUUCUGCAGAAGAGAUUCACCGAGGCUUGGUAGUCAAUAGAAUGACUGCUGAAGUUCCUAAUGAUGAACGGCCUUCGUCAAUCAAAUUUCAAGAAAUGCCGUCACACCCACCUGCUGGACCCGAUAAUAUUCCGGGAGUACAACAAUUCCAGAAUGCAUCCAGACCUUUAGAUUCGCAUGGUUCAGGACGCAUGGCCAUGAAACCUUCCGUCGCUGAAACUGUUCGGGCAAUUUUUGCAUCUUUUAUUUGGCACGAGGGCCUUGUUCACGAUGCUAUGGCUUGUGCGUCUUUUCUAAAAUUUCACCCGUCGCUGAGCAAAUCUUCUAAAUAUUCGAGGAAAGAGGCAUCUGUGGAUCGAAACGUGAAGCGCAGAAUCCGUGUGUCCCGCACGAAGGAAGAAAAAGCGCGUUUACGUCAUUCAAUUGAAGUAACAAGUGCUCUGCGUCGAGCGGGUUACAAAAACAAUGGAGAAGACAUUUUGCUUCAGUUGGCCUCACACUGGAAUGCCAAUAAGAAAGUGGCAGAUGUUGUAGAACCUUCUAUGGAAGAAUUAUUGGACGAGCCGCCGGAUACCCCUGUAGUUCUUGGUGAUCUUGUUGCUGUCUGGGAACGACUAGCUGUUUCGACUUCGGAAGUUAUUUCGGAUCAAGUUGUGCUUCCCGAUUUGGUAUCUUCUGAGUCAACAGCGACUCGUGUCGGUGGUAAUGCCUCUUCGUGUCCACUUUGCGGAGCACGCGUGUCAAGCUUGGCGUUGCACAUGCGGAAAACCCAUCCUGGUUGCGGCCGCCCAGCCGCGAACAGAGUUUACAAAUCUGAAGAAAUUUCGGUGAAAUGGCCUAGUGGACUUUGUGGUGACACCGGGAUGAUGCGGGCUUCCGCAGGUGACUGGUAUUUACUGUGUCAAUCAUGCAGGGCCGGGUACUUGAUGAUUUACCAGGCCAAGCGUGGCACUCAAUUGCUUUCUCCCAUGUCGCACACGGUCGGCACCGAGAAGCACAGAUAUACUCUGAGAAACGCGUUGUUCUUGUUGAAGCUGAACAGCGCAGCUGAUGAAUCAACUCCUGUUUUGGCCAGAAAGCGAAUCAACAGCACCGGCGAAGCGUUUGCCAUUCACGAACAUGGGUCAAUGCUCAAUGCGCCAAGUAAACAUUUGAGCCGAGUAGUAGCUUCAUUAUCUUCCGAAGAUUUCGGUGGUGAAGUGCUCGAGUUUGUUUCACAUUAUCACGAUUUGGAUGCUCUGCAGAAUGCCAUGAAGCAGUCUGUUGACCGAGCCACUUUUCGUGCCUAUGGAUUGCAGACUUUGGAAUGGUUCCUGCGAAAUGUUACGCAAUCCACCUGCGUGCAUGAAUUAUUAUGGUUUCUGGUGAAAAGCUUCACUGUUGCCCAACCACACCCAAAACUGAAAGAAGCCUCCGUUCAUGCGGAGAAUCCGAAAACGAAUGUAGCCUUUGGGAAUGAUCCAGCAAAAGGAGUCGUCCUGCGUUCCGAUGGAGGAAAUUUUCUUUAUCCUGAAAGUCCCGUUUAUCCAGAUGAAUUCAUGGUUGGAGGUGAUGAACCUAGAUUUCAGCGCGUAAUGCCACUUCGAAGCGACAGAUCCAAAGUCGAUUACCGUAGACAUGAUGAUGAACAACCGUCUUUUAGACGUUCGGUUUCGCGAAGACAACUGCCUGAAUCCACGCGUACUCCCCCGAAACCGGACAAUCUCUUGGAUCAUCCCCUGUCAGAUUUGCACUUCGUUGCUAGGAAUCCACUACCGAAGAAAGCUUUUCAUUUGCUCAUGCAAACCAUUGCUGACCUGAUGCCUCGUUUGCCAACAAAUGCCUUCGAGCUGCAGACAAUAUCUGUGAAAUGCUGGGGUUUCAAAUUUCUUCCCUCCGAUCAGCGAUUUCUGCACAGGUGUCGGGUUUUCAAUCACAUAUCUCGAAUCCUCUCAAGAUAUGAGGACAGUUUUUCUAAAAAAGAUGUGGAAGAACCGUUUAAAAUUCGAGGUAAUGGACGAAAAGGGGGAUGCUUUGUUGGUCAGUUCGUCGACCUCACAAGCGAGUGCCUGAUAACACCAGCAACGGGAUCGAUGCUGGGCGGUAAUAUGACGGACGGUUCUACGGAAACCUUUUGGGAGAGUGAAGGUGAAGAUCGAACGCGUUCACGAGAAAUUGUCGUUGAACUGCGACGAAAGGAUGUCAACAUGCGUUCCAUCAUUCCUCAUUUACUUGCUGUCCAUAUUGACAACGUUCGAGAUCUUACGUGCAAAACUGGACUGGUGGCUUUCAAAUGUGGACGAUCAAUUGAACAGUUGAACUGUUCAAAAGUAGAGCAGUUACCCAGUCGGUUUACCGGCUGGGUAACUUUAUGGAUCAAAGAUUGGGAACACAGCGUUUUCAAAAUUUGCCUUAUGGGACCGGAUAGUGCUGUCCGUGUCAGACAGAUCCGGCUUAUUGGCAACUGGAAUGAUGACUCCAGCAAAUUUUCUGUCGAAAGUUGGUCGUUCUGGCGUUCGGGCGGAGACAUGGCGAGCAAGUGUCCUGCGGUCACUAUAAAACAAGGCAUAUGCGAAGCUGAAACUUUGCGAGUUUUCCGGCAGCUUGUUUCACAGAUUUUCGAGGAGCUGCUUGUCGAGGAGCCGUCAUCAAGCAUGACUUUAUCAGAGGAACUUCUGAAUACAUCAUUUGACGGUGUAAAUCGUGUUCGAUGUCGAAGCAUCCUCGGCGAACAUGUGUCCAAUGUCGGAGAAGACGAACGGCACGAAUUGAAGGAACACAUGGUUGGAAUACUGUUCAGUCGGGAAGGCCUUAGUGAUUUACAGAAGCAAGUAGUUGACCACAUCCUCCAAGGACUCCGUGCGGAAACCUCCAAAUUUCGCGAUCGUUCGAAAAAGGAUUCGGAAUUUGGGACGGGGGAUGAUUACUGCUUUGAACUCAUGUCGAUGCUGUUGGCGUUGAGCGGAAGCAGAGUUGGGCAAAAGUGUCUUGGUGCGAAGGAAAACCUCCUGGUUGAUGUUUUCUGCUUACUGCAUAUGGGUUCCGAUCGUGUUCAGCGACAGGUCGUUCUUUUGCUGAAAAGAAUUUUCGCCAGCAUCGAACCGAGCUUUCUUGCUAGAUCCUUGGGUAUAGCGGAUCUACCGCCCACAGACUACUGCGGGAGUUUCACGUCUUCGGAUGAUGAACUGCUGUCGAACACGUUUACCCACAGGUAUGGACUGCUUGAUGGCAUGCUUAGUUCUGUGGCGAAAGGCUUGCAAAUCAGAAAACGCGUUCGUCGUGGAAAUCAAGAGGGAAACAUAAAAUCUUCAAAAACUGAAAUUUUGAAUGUUAAUGCCUGCUUGUUUGAACCCGCGAUUGACUCGUCCCAACUGCCACCGGAAGAACUCGAGCACGUUCAGAAAACUCAGGAAUGCUGGCUGCGUGGCAGAACCUCGCCGAAAAUCGCGAAAGCGAUCAUUCAGUUGCUGAAGGAUCUUAGUUCCGGAUCUCUCGGAAGCGUGUGGCAAGAUGUUACGAGGGCUGCCGUAGCUGAGAAAAUUUGUCGCAUGGCAAACCAGUGUCUAGGUUCUACCGUUGUUUUCAACGCAUUGAUGAAUUGUAACCCCUCAUUGUGUCUUGCUGUUGCUGCCCUUUGUGUGCUCAGCUCUGAUCAUGUUGAACGUCUCUCCUGUUCACAUUCCAUCCGGCGGUUAAAUCAUCCAGAUCAACCGGUUGACGAUGAAACAGCUAUGUGUGAUAACCAUGAAGAUGGGUGUACGUUGGCCGUCGUUCGUUGUACGAACUGCGAACUGUUCCUAUGUCUUGAUUGUGACAAGGUGUUGCACCUACCUCAACGAAUGAGAAAUCAUAGCCGACAGAUCAUUCGCGAUGACCAAGAGGGAAUGAAAGUUGAUUUGCACGAAGGUUGUGGCAGAGUGAAGCUAAGUUCACUAACAAUGUUGGCCGAUCCAGCAACUCUUCAGGCGAUGGUCGAAUUCCGACCUGGUCUGGAGGAGAAAAAAGUCAUCACCGGCUCCAGCUUGACUGUUUCAUUGAAAGGGAGUUUCUGUCGAUUUUGUGGCUCUCAGAUAACAAGUGAUUUACCUGAGAGAUUUGACGCACCUUUCGAUGUUUGUGAAGAUUCCGAAUGCAAAGCACAUGCUGACAAUGCCUGUGGAAAGAUGCUGUCGUGUGGGCACAUAUGUUGUGGAAUUCGCAACGAAGCCCUUUGCUUGCCAUGCUUGAAUCCGUCAUGCGUGCGUUUAGGACGACAAGGUCAUGCUAGGGGAGUUGUUGGGUUGGGAGAAGAACCUUUAAAACAAGAUGGAGAUGAUAUGUGCAUGGUGUGUUUUGCUGACGCUCUCAGCAGCGCCCCUGUGAUCAGGCUUACGGAAUGUGGGCAUCUAUUCCAUCUGCAUUGUUGUCAACGAGUAUUGGAAGCACGUUGGCCUGGACCGAGGAUUGCUUUCGGGUUUAGACUAUGCCCGAUCUGCAAAACGAAAAUGGAGCAUCCGGCCCUUGCGGAUUUGCUGGAGCCAAUUCGGACACUUUUUGAUGAUGUUCAACGCAAGGCUUUGAUGCGUCUUCGUUAUGAAGGCUUGGACAAGUGUGAGUCGAUAACUGCUCCGGGAGGAAGGUUUUUCGACGAUCCGUCAGGCUUUGCGAUGGACCGCUAUGCUUACUAUGUGUGCUUCAAGUGCGAUAAAGCGUACUUCGGCGGAGAAGCUCGUUGCGAAGUUGGUGCCGUAACGCCGGAUAGUUACGACCCAAAGGAAUUAUUGUGUGGCGCCUGCAGUGAUGUUUCGAUGGCACAAAUGUGCCCCAAACACUGCACCGAUUACCUCGAAUACAAGUGUCGGUAUUGCUGUUCGGUCGCCGUGUUUUUCUGCUUCGGAACGACGCAUUUCUGUAACGCUUGUCAUGCAGACUUCCAACGUAUCACUGCCAUGUCUAAGGAAGAUUUACCUCAUUGUCCAGUUGGACCGGGCUCAAUCCAGUUGGACGAUGAUGAGUGCCCUUUACAUACUCAGCACCCUCCAACGGGAGAAGAGUUCGCUCUGGGGUGUGGUGAAAAAGGAGUUGUGCUGCAUCGAUCAGUGCGUUCAAAUGUCGUCUUAUGCAUGUUGAGUUUGUCGCUUCGGGAAAGUUUCUCCGGUUCACAAUCGACCAUGAAUUCCGAAUCAACAAUGCCGGAGGACACAACGUGUGAUGAAUGUGGGAAAUAUUUUAAUGCCAAGGAGUUGCUGUAUGACCACAUGGAUUUAGAGCAUCGGGUAAUCUGUCCGAUUUGUGGAACGCGUGCGAGAGAUUUAACUGUGGCAUGCGAUAAUUGUGAAAUAUGGCAUCACAUGGAAUGCGUUGGCAUUCACCCUAUGGAAGCACCUGCAGAGAGUGACGAAUGGUUUUGUCCAAAAUGCCGUCCAUCGAAUGUGGGACGACCGGAAGUGAAACCGCCUAGUAAAAGUCCUGUAAAACGCAAGGGCAAAGGAUCGUCGCGAGCCAGCUCGCCCGGAGUUGCACACAGAAAAUCACCCGCUAAUCGAAAUUCUUCGAAGAAGCUUAUUGAGACAAAAUUGGGGAAAACUGCUGUUCGGAAUAUUCGGGAAGCCAAGAAGAAUCUUAGAGAAGUUUUCGCAGGAUCUUAUCAGUGCUUACUCUGCCCUGAAAAUUCUUCUGGAUCUUUGCAAACCUUGAAAGCUUCCGAAGAGCACCUUGAAAAACUACAUUGGGACCUUCGUUUCGAGGAUUUUGAUAAACUCCUGGCGGCAUGUGAAAAUGCCACUCAGGAUAUGCUGAACGCUCAGGCAACCGUAGAGGUUCAGGAAAGCAAAGACACACUUUCAGAGGAACACUUCAACAGUUUGAUUGAGAUGGACGUCGAAAAGAAAUAUCACUGUAAACUGUGUCCUCCAUCCUCAGUGCUUCCAACAAGGAAAGCUGCAGAAAUGCAUCUAACGAAUCUCCAUAUGUCUAGUCAGCUGUUCAUUGCCUCACGUUGGGUUUGCUUGCCGUGUUUUAUGGAUUGUGGCCCUCCGUUGCAUUAUCAUUGCCCUCUGUGUGAGAAAACUGGCAAAAGCAAAGAAGAACUUCUGAUGCAUGCUGAAAUACACCAAGAGUAUCGUGACGCUGCUAGAGAGCUGAAAGUCGCUUCACCAUCAAAACUGAGAAGUCCGAAGAAGUCUCCCGUCACAAAGAAUGUUGAUAAAAAGAAAAAAUACCCUGUGAUGGCGGGGUUGAAUGUGCAGUUCAAUGCGUCGAAAACAUCCAUCAUUGUUGAUCGCUUGGCCGAGGCGGAUCCAUCUGCAUUGGAAAACUUCUUCAAUGGCAUAGUCAAGUUCUCUGGUGGAAAAUAUGUUUGCAAAUUGUGUCCUGUGCCAGAUGAUCUUAAUGUUGCUGGUUCUUUGCCCUUCCUCAAGCGGGAAACUGCGCUGGAACACUUUCUUAAGGCUCACUUCAGCCAGGACACGUUCGUUUCCCACGCCGCUGAGCACAUGCGAACAAAAAUGAGCAUGGAGAAGCCUAAUGAAACCUUCCCUUUGACGUGGAAUGUUUCUCCAAUGGAUUCGAUGAUGGAAAAGGUGCCUGUAGCUAAGCAACCGGUGCAUAAAUCCGUAGAAAGUCGCCUGACCAUGGCUGCUCCUACAGGUGGGAUAGCUUAUAUAUGGAUAGUGCUGUCGUGUGGGUCCAACUGUGCCGAUACGAAAGGUCAAAUGCACUAUAAUUGUCCCGUUUGUCACAUUAUAACAGUUGCCGAAGAAGCUUUCCGAGACCAUUGUUUGUUGCAUGAAUCUUCCGGAAAACAAGGUGUAGCGACAAAGCAGUCUUCUAGCAUUGCGAAAGAUGAAUUGACAGAAUCUUGCUUGAAGCUGAGCACCUUGAUAACCAUCAGCAACAGCAUGGGGAACAAACUGGUUCAUCCACUCAAAGAUGUCUUGCUAAAAUGCAAGUUGUGCGGAUUUCCACCUGCCGACAAAGACUCUGUUUUGCAGCAUCUGAGCUCAUCCCAUUUGGGUGAUUGCAUCUGUUUAGACGAGCAGCAUUUGCACCCAUGCAAUCUUUUCUGCGUUCCCGGAUUGUUCGUUACUCCAGCGCAUUUCGAUUGUCUCUUGUGCCCACGGCUCAUUACUUGUGGUGAUCAUGAAGCAACGCGUAUUGCGUCCAAUUGUUUCAUGAUGCAUCUUGACGACGUGCAUGGCACUUGUGGGUCACGAGUGGCAGCGAAUCAAAACAAAUUUCAAAUAAAAAAUGACUUGAAUGUCGGGCCGGAGAAAUUUCUGUGCGUUGCGGUUUCAACACAGAAUGGGACGGAUAUCGGUUUCGAAGAACUAAGUGUUUUACUUUUACCGCAUGGCGCCUUUGACGACACUCGAGCAUUGCACGAAUUUAUCAAUUUACCCAUGGAUUUUGCUAACGAAUUCGAGGCGAGUGCGAAAGAUGCCUUCUUGCUUGGUGCUGUGUGUCGAUUCCUAGACAGCCACAACCAAUGCGUGUUGUGCGGCAGACAUAAUGUGAAAAGGGCCGAUUUCGUUGACCACUGGAAGGAAGUUCAUCUUAACAAUGCCGUGGAUGUCAAAGUUCCGGGAAAACGUGGCUUUGUCCUUGUUGUCUUUGCGGAACAGCGGAUAUUCCGCACUUCGUCUGUCCGAUUUGCUCGGCAGUCGUUGAGACAAGAGAAAUUUUCGCUUGUCACAUGGAAAAGCACGAGAAAGCGCAAGAUAACGCUGGUCUGA